AUGGUCAGUUUGACGCUUGAAGAUGGCCGAACGGGUCACGUACAAUUCAACAGUCAGGGCGAUCGAGUGGGCUCCGUCUAUGACAUCGUCAAUGCCCAGAUACCCGUCGGUAACCAGGCUCAUUGUCGUACUCGGUCCUGCACGCCUUCCCUUGUUCCUGUCGGCACCUAUGGAUUUCCUCAAGUUAGCGCCGUCGCCUUUUCGCUGAUAAAUUUAGCUUGAAGAGAAGUGUCCUGUGCUGGUAAUUGUCUCUGCAUCCUUGGCGUUUUUACAGAAACUCGAAGAUCCUGGUCCCUCGCGCGGACAGACUGCCCACCUCUCAAUUGACGUUGCUCGAAUCCAAUGGCCGGGCAAUUAUCGCUUGACGGCAGUACGAAAAAUCUGCCUAAAAUAUGGCAAACGCGGUGAGUGUGUGGAGCACGUUGAACGUGAGGUCGCUGUGGCACCGCCGAGUUUCAAGAGGAAAACUCACCUGAAGGUCAGCCUUUUUGGACUUUCGUGUGAAUAUACUUUCAUUUAUUCCAACAUUAUAUCCCCUACCGCUUGUUACAAGUAGCUCUUAUAUUUUACCAUGUUUAUUUUAGGUAGUUACCAUCCAAAGCACCCCUUUUGUCAAUCAUGUUCUGAAGCUACCGGGAAUGAGUUGCAACUCCAGCGACCGACCUGACGUCCUGAAGGCCCAAGUAGACUGCAGCCACACAAAUACCACCACCGGUUUGUAUAAUAUAUCAGUUUAA